AUGGGUAGAAACAAUCCUAAACGUAAAAAGAUCCGAGAAAUGGAGGUUUUAAUGUCUCUGCUAGUCUUUAAAGAAAUAAUUAGAUUGUUGUUUUAAGUUCCACCAUUUUUUCAGAUGGUGGAACUUAAAACAUCAAUCUAAUUACACUUUAAAUAAAAUAUUAAGUGAAAAUGUCUGUUAAGCUAAAAAAAUACUAAAAAUACCUUGUAUGGACAACCCAGCUCCACGCUCGUUGAUAUGAUGAACAUAGACACUCUGGGGAUGAAUUUGCAAUUUACCUUGUUCUGUUCUUUAUCAUAGCAUAUUUUGUAAUAUCUGAUGACCCCUCAUAUUUCCUCUUUUUAGGACUCUUUUGAGAUCCCUCGAGGACAGCCCUCAAGGGAUCAAGACAUAGAGAUGGGUGUUCAAGUGUCGGCGAAUUCUGCUGAACAAGGAUUGGAAAGUUUUUUCAAACAGGUAGAUAUUUCUAAGAGGUUCAAAUGUAGAAUUACACCAACCAAUAUUGAAUCAUAUGUCCACAUUCUUGGGAUACCUUUUCGGUGAUAUCAUUUUUGAUGCUCUAAUUUUUCUUGAUAGGUUCAAGAUAUUGAAAAGCAGAUCGUCAAGCUUUCGAAGUUAUUGAAAAAGCUGCAAGUAUGUAUGCCCAUUUUUUUUGGCUUAUUUCGUUGUUUUACUUAAAGGCAUUUCUAAGUAUAUUCUUAUGUCUCAUGUAACCUGGGACAUCUGUUUACUGCCUGGUAAUGCCUGCAUCGUGCUAUAUCGAAAAUGUGAAGUUUGUAAUUUCCUCUGUUGUACCCAGAUCUCAUGCACAAGCAGGGACAGAGAUAGAGUGAGAGCUUUGUGUUAGAACAGGCUCAUUUGCUGAACGUGUCUCAUUUAAACACGAAUUGGGGACUUAAGUGCCUUCUCAAGUUUUCUGUAAUGUGCGUGUUUCAUUGUUUUCAUGAAUUGGAUAUGAGAUGCAAAAAAUUCUUAAGAGAUGCUGCAGCAGUUGUGACAAAAUUAUUGUAAAAUUAUGUAAUAAAUGAGUUCACCUUGGUCUUUUCAAGUUGGAUACUUAAGAAGUAGAACAUAAAGUGUAACAGGCCGCUUUUUUUUUUGGCUUUGCUUCAACUAAUCUCCAUUUCUUCUCAUGUAUUUUGGUCUUCAUUUGCCAGUUCUUACAUCAGACAACAAAAGUGGUACACAUUAAUGUAGAAAUGUGAUAAUAAAUUCGAAAGAUGGAAAGAGAAGGAUUUAAUAGGCAUGAAAUGACUAGUACAACUUAGUCUGUCUUUCAUUCGUAAUUGAUAAGAAUCUCCUUCAGGAGGCGUCUAAUACAAUAUUUCCCGGGUUAGAUUUGAACUUCCUUGGCUUCUUCUUGAUACCUGGGCUGUCGCAAAAGUCAGCAUUUAUAUAUGUUUAAUACAGUUUUAUGCUUCACAAUUGGUCUCAUAAUAUGGGUACCUAGUAAUCUGAUACCGAGGGUUCUAUCAUGGGUAGUGGUCUUUGUAUCGACCUGGGCACCUUUGAAAGGCAAGUCACAAAGGCAUUGGAUUACUGGGUCUCCGCAAUCCCACCCAACCCCACCCCAAGCCUCCCGCCAAAGGAAAAAAGUAUGGUUUUGACUGGGUAGCCAUGUCCUGUUGUAGAAUAACCCCUUCUCUAUCCUUCUUCUACACUGACCUUGACCACUCUAGCUGUGCAGCCAUGUCCUGUUGUAGAAUGCCAACCGAAGAAGGUAAGAAGAGAAAAUAUUUCAAUGUCAUCUGCCUGACGUGCUAUGCACUUUGUCAUAUUUCGUGGCCGUCAAUUCCGUAUUAUUGAUGUUACUGUCUAUUUCUUUGUAGACUCCUCUGCAUAUAUAAAAGAUCAGUGUAAAAAUUACUGCUCUACUCUACUAUGAUUUCAACUUGGUGGAUAUUCUUCCUGUCUCUAAAGACACAAUUUCAUGCAGGAUGCAAAUGAGGAAUCAAAAGCUGUAACAAAAGCAUCAGUUAUGAAAGGUGCUUUCUGGAAUUAUUUUAUUCUUUCCCUGGCUGGAUCAUUACCAUGGUUUGAUACGGUUCUAAUCUAUUUUAUAUUUCAGCAAUCAAACAGCGGAUGGAGAAAGAUAUUGAUGAAGUGGGGAAAAUUGCACGUAUAGCGAAAUCAAAAAUCGAGGAACUGGAUAAAGAUGUAUGCUAUUAUCUCCCCUUUUUAGCUUACCCUAUCCUCAACUGAAGAGGGGAAAAAAAAAUAUGACAUUUGUUUUCCCGAAAAAGAUUUUGGUUGAUGCUUUUCAUUGUCUUUUCUGCCUUCUUCUGUCUGAAAACAUCCACAAGUUUCAUGUUGGCAUAUUAGCUUCCAAGGAAAAUGCGUGCUUUGCUUUUCCUGUUUCAAUUGCUAUCAAAAUCUGGUAUGCAUGUUGUUAUUCAGAUAAGUUUUGUCAUUUUUCUGCAUUUUUUGUGGGUUCCUGGAAGAGGAAAGAGUGAUUCUCCUUUAACAACUAUUGAAUCUUCUUGGUUAUCUUUCCACAUAUUUAAAUCUUUUGAAGCUUUCACUUUUCACUUUUGAUUUUUUUUGUCUUAAGACUUUCUCUUAGAUUUUUAUUUUCUUUCAUUUCCUUAAUUUCUGCUACGCUUACCUUCAGCAUUUGGUCACUUUUAAGGUCAUUAGCAUACUUUCUAUUCACUGCAGGAAAGAACUUCGGAAUAAUCCAAAAGCAAUUCAAUGUACAAAAUGCAUAUUUUCUUGAAGAAUUUAAGCAUUAAUUUCUUUGCACUGCCUUUGCAUUCUUUUCCCCAAGUUCAUCUCGUAAGUAAGUGGCUUUCUUUCUCUGGAACAGAAUUUGCAGAGCAGACAGAAACCAGGAUGUGGAAAGGGAUCAGGGGUGGAUCGAUCAAGAACUUCCACAACUGUGUAAUUUAUCUCUCUUUCAACGUGGAUUUGAAUCUUUACUUUCUAUGUGGAUUUGAAUUUAUUUCUCAUAUGUCUCAUUAAAUUCGUUGGAUGCAGUGCACUAAAAAAGAAGUUGAAAGACAAAAUGUCUGAAUUCCAGGUAAUGAUCCAUUACUCCACUCUACCUCGACAAAAUUGAGUUAUCUUUUACUAUGAACCAAAGAUCCUCCUUUCAAGCUCAAGAAGGGCGAAAUUGCAAAGGUGAACGUCAACUUUAACAAGCAAGAAUCACUAGUAGGCGUCCACAAUAACUCUUAAAAGGGAAUGUAGAAAAAUGGAGAUAGAGCUUCGCUAUUAAUUGUUUUUAUUCUCAUAAUUUUUUUCAUCAGGUUUUAGGCUGUACCGUUAAUUAUUAGCACACCGGAAAUUGAAAUUUAUGCACAACAAGCAGAAAAAUAUAGUGUUCUGUGAAGUCGAACAUAAACAGGACCAUGAUUUGACCAGGUAUGGUUAAAUUUUCUGUGAGCUGAUUAUUAUAGUUGAGGAGAAUUCAGUGGGAAGUGAGAGAAUGGAAGUAAUAAACAGAUAAUGCGGAUAGCUCUGCACAUUGAACCUAGGACAUGGCACUCUUACAGUAUCUGAGGUAUUUUUUCCUUUGCGGAUUUUAGUUUACUUCAAAAAAAUUCGAAGUGCUUAUUUUGUCCCAUGUUCAAUGCCAUGGGAAUGUAAGAGUCUACAAAUGAGAGCAGACAAGGUGGGAGCUUUUGCUUUGCGAGAAUUUGAGUGGUUGCAUUCUUUACUCAAAAGCAAUACGGAAUAUGAUUCCAAUAUCUUUGGUAGCUUUACAUUACUUCUUCAAGGUCUAAAAACUGGGUAUUUCAAGAGGCUACAUGUGGUUCAUAUGUCCUUUCAUGGGCAGUUUGAUUCAAAUGAAAUGGCACGAGUUAGCCUGACCUUGUUGAAAUCACUUUUUAAUAAGUCCAUGGACGGAAAUACACUCCUGUCUUAUUAUUCUGUGGCAUAUUUCUAGAUCCUUUUUUUUUGUCUUAUUGUGUCCAUUUUUCGCAAUCAGCAGUUCAAGCCUAUUGUGUAAUUUUCUCUCUGUCUAUGAAUCAAUUACUUGUUCAAAGAUGUCAGUGUCGUGGGGGUCCAUCUAAGCAUACCUGCUUUUAACCCUCUUGUGCGGGCCUUGGCCAUUGUUCUGCCGAUACCGAGCAGCCUUUGAUCACGUGGAAGCACUUCUCUGCAAGUGUACUCCUCAGUGAGCAAAAAAGAGUGCUUCUACUAGAGAAGGCUGCUUAGUGUCGAUUGAGGACAUCCAAGGCCGGCACAGGUGGAGCAAGCAAGUUAAUCUUCUUAGACUGACCAGCUUAUGGCAAUCAACUUUUGAUAGCUAAGUUCUUUAUUUCAUACUUGGUUAAUGUUCUGGUGAUUCUAUUGCUAGAACCUUGAUAAUUGUAAAAAGAACAGUAUCUUUUCAUACCUAAAACACUGGCAACAGUUACUAGGACUCAUCGUUGGGAGUAAUAAUAAGAUUGAAUGGACUGGAGAGAUGGUUUUUUUCGGAUUAUCGAAGUCACACUAGCACUCGUUCUCAUGUCUUUUUCGUCCUCUGCAGACACUUAGGGAAAACAUCCAGCAAGAAUAUCGUGAAGUUGUGGAGAGGAGGGUCUUUACAGGUUCUUUCUACUCUCAGCUAUGAAACAAAGAAUGCCAAGACAACUAUCACCAGAAAUCUCUCAUAUCCUUUUUAGCUAAUGCCCUUAUCAUGUUUUGUCUUCUUGAUUUCCCAUAUGAACAGUAACGGGUAAUCGUCCUGAUGAGGAGGUGAGUGAUAGCUGGUUGAAAAUGUUAGAAUUUGGUUGCACCGUCCUUGUUCCUUCUUUUCACUAUGGCUCAUCAUCUUUCAUGUCGGGCUUGCGUGCAGACCAUUGAUCUUCUGAUUGAGACGGGCAAUAGCGAACAGAUUUUUCAGAAAGCAAUUCAGGAGCAAGGACGUGGCCAGGUUUGUUGUUUUCCUUCGUCCUAUUUUUCCCGUUUUGCCUUUUUCUUAUCGGUACACCCUACGGUAGUAGUUGCUAUAUCUUCAAUCCUGCGUGAAGGAACCCUAGUAACAGAGUGGAGGAACGAUUCUCAACGUUGCAGGUAUUGGACACACUUGCAGAGAUUCAAGAGCGUCACGAUGCUGUGAGAGAGAUAGAGAGGAGGCUCCUCGAGCUGCAGCAGGUAUCUCCCCUAAACACCAUAAAUCCUGGAAGCAUGUAUCGAUAUUCUUCCAAAAAGCUUUAUUUUAAAAGCUAGAAGUGAAUGGGUACAGCAUAGUGUGUCCUCAUAGGGAAAUCAACUGUGCCCCAUUUAUGGUACUACUCAAGAGGUGAGUAUGUCUUUUUCUGUAGAUUUUCCUGGACAUGUCAGUCAUGGUGGAGGCCCAGGGCGACUUGCUCAACAACAUUGAGUCCCAGGUAAUCCAUGAGCUGAUGAAUGGCCGCAUUUGAUUUCUCUGAUUCGUAAUUAUUUCGGGAAAACAAAAAAAAAUGAUGUAACACCGGAGGCUUCUUGGACAGUGAGGGCAAUGAGUUAUGCUUCAAUGUGGGCUUCACCGGAGGUUUCCUCCUUUUCUUUCCUCCCCACAGGUUUCGAGCGCCGUGGAUCACGUGCAGUCGGGGACAACUGCGCUCCAGAAGGCGAAGAGACUGCAGAAGAACUCUCGGAAGUGGAUGUGCAUGGCGAUAAUCCUCCUCCUCAUAAUUGUCGCCAUCAUCGUCGUGGCAGUGAUCAAACCAUGGGCUAGCAACAAAUAA